AAAAACAAAAAAAAAAAAACCUACCAAAUCUCAUAGCAAAAAGUCAAACAGUGAAGAUAAGCUAAAACCCGCUCUUUUUAUCUGGUAGCGGGAAAAUCCAACUCCGGCGCUCGGGAUGGCGGGAGAUACAGUUGUGGUGUUUGACUUUGACCAUACGAUCAUCGACGGUGACAGUGACAAUCGGGUGAUCACGGAGAUGGGUCUCACUGGCCUCUUCAAUAAGCUUCGCUCCAACUUGCCUUGGAACUCUCUCAUGGAUAGGAUGUUGGAGGAGCUUCAUUCACAAGGCAAAACCGUCGAGGACAUAGCAGAGUGCCUGAAAGGAACUCCAUUGGAUCAGCAUAUAAUUGCUGCUAUUAAAGCAGCUCAUGCUCUUGGAUGUGAGUUGAGGAUAAUUAGUGACGCCAAUUUGUUUUACAUUGAGACAAUCUUGGAACAUCAUGGUGUGUGGGGUUGCUUUUCUCGGAUAGAUACCAAUCCGAGUUUUGUUAAUGAGGAGGGACGGCUUAGAAUCUUACCUUUUCAUGAUUUAAAUUCAACUCCUCAUGGUUGCAAAUUGUGCCCCCCAACUAUGUGCAAGGGUCUGGUGAUUGACCAAAUCCAAGCUUCUGUUUCUGAUUGUGGGAAGAAGAGAAUCAUCUACCUUGGAGAUGGAAAGGGUGAUUACUGCCCAACUUUGAAGCUAGGGGAAAAUGAUUUUGUGAUGCCAAGGAAGAACUAUCCUCUGUGGAAGCACAUUCAUGGCAAACCAAAGCUAAUCAAGGCAAAAGUCCAUGAAUGGAGCACUGGAGAGGAGCUGGAGAGAAUCCUACUACACCUUAUUGAUACAGUUCCCAUUCAAGAUAAAAUCAGUAGUAGUAACACCAGUCGAUCUAACUGAUUCGAUUGCUAGUUCAUCCAGGACGCAUUCCCUCAAAUUCUCUGUAUUCAUCACUAUCAAUUGGACUUCUGAAUUUUGUCAAUGGCAGUCAAAGGCCAUUUAGUAGUAGGAGACCGUUUAUCCUGUUUAACUCCAUUGUUCGAUGAUUAAAUCACAGAAAGAAGUUAUAAUGUCAUUUAUUGAACUUGUUAAGA